AUGCCGAACCCUCACUACGAUUUCCUUAUCAAGCUUCUGCUGAUUGGCGACUCGGGCGUCGGCAAGUCAUGCUUGCUCCUCCGAUUCUGCGAUGAUGCAUGGACACCCUCCUUCAUCACCACGAUCGGCAUCGACUUCAAAAUCCGCACCAUUGAGCUCGACGGCAAGCGUAUCAAGCUGCAGAUCUGGGACACGGCGGGUCAAGAACGCUUCCGUACCAUCACAACCGCCUACUACCGUGGAGCCAUGGGUAUCUUGCUCGUUUUCGACGUCACCGAUCAAAAGUCGUUUGAAAACGUGCGAACGUGGCACGCCAACAUUGAGCAACACGCCAGCGAAGGUGUUUCAAAGAUCUUGAUCGGCAACAAAUCGGACUGGGAAGAGAAGCGAGCAGUCACCACGGAGCAGGGUGAGGAGCUUGCCAAGGAGCUCGGUAUCCCUUACAUCGAGACAUCAGCCAAGUCGAACAGCAAUGUCGAGGAGGCUUUCUUCAACCUGGCACGAGAAGUCAAGACACGACUCAUCGACACGGCAGCAGUGACACAAGCUUCUCCAGCAGCUGCAUCGGCCAACGUCAAUGUCAACUCGGCACCCAAGACAGGUGGUGCAGGUGGAUGCUGUAGCUGA